CCGGAGGCCAACAUGAGCAGUGUAUAUAAAAGCAUGGCGGAACGAACGGAAAAUUUGGAUUUAAAAUAUCAAUCAAACAUCAGACUCAAUAUUUAAAUUAUGAAGUCUACAACUUUUGCAGUCGCCGUCUUGGCAACAAUGUCACUGACAGUCUUGGCCAAACCCACUGGUUAUGAUACUGAAAUGAUUAUCGAACCUCGAGCUAGUGACACAUUCGAGUGCUCCGACGUUGUGUGCAUGAUGUAUUGCGAAGAUGGAUUCCAACAAGACGAGUUCGGUUGCGAUAUCUGCGCAUGUAUGGAGCCAGAAGAGCACAAGUGCUCGGAGGUUAUGUGCACCAUGUAUUGUGAAGAGGGCUUCCAACAAGAUGAGUUUGGUUGCGACAUCUGCAAAUGUGUGGAACCCGAGGAGCACAAGUGCUCAGAUAUAAUGUGUACUAUGUUCUGUGAAGAGGGAUUCCAGCAAGAUAAGAACGGAUGCGAUAUUUGCAAAUGUGUAGAGCCAAAGGAGCCUGAGUGCUCGGAAGUCAUGUGUGACAUGUUUUGUGAGGAAGGGUUUCAACAGGAUCAGAACGGUUGCGAUAUUUGCAAAUGUGUAGAGCCAGAAGAGCACAAGUGCUCUGACCAAAUGUGCGUUAUGUUCUGCGAUGAGGGAUUCCAACAAGACGAGAAUGGUUGUGAUAUUUGCAAAUGUGUCGAGCCAAAGGAGAAGUGCUCGGAAGUUAUGUGUGAUAUAUUUUGUGAGGUUCAACAAGACGACAACGGUUGUGACAUUUGCAAAUGUGUAGAGCCGGAAGCAUCAGUGUGCUCCGACAAGGAGUGCAGAAUGCACUGCGAGAACGGUUUUAAGGUAGAUGGUAAUGAUUGCACAAUGUGCGAGUGUGAAGCGAUUGAUGUAUGCAAGUCAGACUGCACCACUUAUUUCGAUGGAUGUAAUACUUGCACGUGUGGUGAAGACGGUGUGGCUUCUUGUACCAAGAAGGCCUGUGAGACUGUCGAGGAGCCUAAGUGCUUAGAUAUUCCGGAAUUCUGUGCAGAGGGUUGCACCCAGUACUUCAAUGGGUGUAAUACUUGCAAGUGCAACGAUAAUGGCGAGUCGACUUGUACAAGAAUGACCUGUGAGGUUUUGGACGAACCCUUUUGCUUGGAUUCUACUAAUUAAGUGUCGACUAACAUGCUGUGUACUCUCUAGAAAGACAAAUAAUAAUACAAACAUAUCUAGUACAAAAUUAUAUAAUAUGUAUGCAUGCGUAUCAUAUUUUUAUAAAAGUCG